ACUUUGGAUCCGAUGCGAACAGCCGGGUCGCCGCGUGCACAGCAGUUAAACCCGCGGAGAUGGACGCCGCGACCUUUGUGGACCACAGCUACUUCAGCCGCGACUCGCCCGCCGCGCUGCGGCGCCGCGGACGGAAGGAACCGGCGGCCUCGCGGGGACGGAGGGUCCGGAGUCGGACUGUGCUGCAGCGGGUCAGCCAGUCCCCGGAGGACGUCCAGUUUUACACCGGGUUCACCUCCCUGGAGCAUUUGCUGGCCUUCUGGAGUCUUAUUGAACCAGCGACCUCCAGUCUUGAUUGGCCUGAGGGUUCCAACUCCUGCAACGCCGCAGAGAAGAACCAAGAGGAUCUGGACAGUCCGGCGGACCUGACUCGGCUGGACGAGUUUCUGCUGUUCAUGAGCUACCUGACGAGCGGCUGGAGCCUGACGGAGCUGUCGCAGCAUUUCAAGACCCACAUCGCCACCUUCACCAGAAUCAUCCUCACCUGGGCCAACUUCCUUUACGGCCUGCUGGGCUCCGUGCGCUCUUGGAUGACGGCCGCGGAAGUCAAGGCUCAUCUCCCGCGGGAGUUCAUGGAUUUCAUCGACACCCAGGUGGUGAUCGACUGUAUCGAGCUGCACUGCGAAGCGCCUUCGCCUCGGUUCCAUGGACAGGAUCUCUGCCCGUCGCACCAGUCCUGCUGCACCCUCAGUGGGGUCGUCGGCAUGGCUCCGCACGGCGCCGUGAUGUUCGUGUCUGCGCUCGGCGGACCUUCUGCGAGUCCGAGAGAGAUCUUCAGGCAGUCGGGCAUCAGAUCUCUGCUGUCCUCCGACAUGGCGGUCAUGGCUGACGAGCGCUUCCAGAUAGAAGACCUCGUUCCUGGCCGGGUUCAUCGUCUUCCUCCUGGAAGUGACUCCUUACAGAAUGCUUCCAAGGGCCAGGCUGCUUUGAGAGUCCAUGUGGAGGACUUAUUUUCCACGCUCAGAGAAAACAAAGUGUUCAGCGGUAGCAUUCCCCCGUCUGUGUGCGGGAGCCUCAACCAGCUGUUCACUGUUGCUUGUCUCCUCUGCAACUACCAGAGAGGACCUCUGGGAACGCCGUUCAAACAGGAAGACUGAGGAUGGCGUGGCUGGUUUAUCUGCGGCGCCAAAGCCACGGUUCACACCACAGGAAGAUGAGAAGCCACCAGACGUUCAGCCACAGUUUGACUGAAUGGAUUUCAGAUAGCUUUUGCUGAUUUAUCUGGAGAUCCAGAGUGGAACACCUCAACGCCGCCGUGGUCUCAUCGUCGUUUUGUAGAGAACAAAAAAUGUUGGAAGCAGUAAAUACUUUGAAGACGUGCAGAGGCGGGUGAGGUUUGAAAAAAAAAAAUCAGCCAUGUUCACCUUUGAGGCGUUUUUAUAUAUCGAAUACAGGUUCAUCACUUCAGUUUCAUAAAGAGGUUUAAUCGUAUUCAAAGAAACUCGUUUGACCCAAGUGCUGUGAUAAAACAUUUUUCAACCGCGAAACAUCGUGUUCAUUUUUGUCACUUCAAUGAAUGAAUUGAAUAUAUUUUACCAAGGUUACUGCAUUCGUCUGGAGACUGGACUCAAAGUUCACAACCUGACGGCACAUUGCAGAUUCAUUUUCUAAGAGUACAAAAUGAGGCAGCUUCUCCAAAAGGAGCCAAAAUUUUUAAUGCUGCUGAACAUCGGUGUGUUCAAAUCCAUGUCUGAAAUAUUCGUUUAUGUACACUGCAUCGAAAACACAUUUUAUAUAAGAAAUAUGAAAAAUAACUUUUCUCCACACUUUCAUUAAAAUCACCUGAUCUGAUUCAAGAGUAAACUUUGACCCAAACGCCUGGACUAUUGCUUCACCCGGUGAAGGUCAUGACUCCGUCUCGGCUCAGCCGGUGCUGUUUUGGUCCCGUCCAGGCACGAGCUUGACACACACACACCUCACUAUGGGCAAGUCAGUUUACUGUGUUUAAAUGGCUGAGAGAGUAAACUGAUCCUCACAGGAAAGCAGUCAGACUUCUUCAUUUGCUCCUCCUCCUCCUCCUUUGGCCUUUCGUGAGUUUAGUAGUUGGAUCUCUGCAGAAAACCGUUGACCCAGAUCUUUGUUUGCCUCCAGGAAACCGCAGAGUGUUGUUAGCUGCUCA